AGAACCACACCCUGGCCUGUGCACUCACUUUUUUUCACUUUACGUCCAAUUUUUUGAAUAUAUGACGUAUUGGAUUGAUUGAAUACGUCAAAUGGACAAAUACGGUAUUUGAUGCCAUGACUACAUACAUUAAUGUUUUCGGGAUAUUGAAGAAGCGCCUUCAGUCUACCAGCCAACGAAAUCAUAACGUCGUCAUAAGAAACAAGCAACAAAAUGGUGGAAAGACUCAACAUGAAAGCGAGUGUUUUGUCCGUAUUUGGUAUUUGUUCAUUUCUUACAUAUGGAAAUACAUGCGGUCAAAGUGAAUAUAAAUCUGCUGAUGGAGAAUGUUGUCCAAUGUGUAAUUUGGGGACAGUAGUUUACCGUCACUGCACUGGUGAUUCCAGUACCACAUGUAUACCCUGCACUCCAGGAACAUUCAUGAGUCAACCCAAUGGGCUUGAUAAAUGCUUCCCAUGCAAACACUGUGCUGAAAGUCAAGGACUUUACAUCCAGAGUAAAUGCACUACAAUAGAAAACACCAUCUGUGAUGUACUCCAUGGAUAUUACUGCAUUGAUUACUCCGAUUCACAGUGCCUUCAUGCUGAAAAACACAGUGUUUGUAAACCAGGACAAGAAACAAAAACACCAGGAACAAAGACAUCAGAUACAGAAUGUGUGGACUGUGCUCCUGGGUUUUAUUCUCCAUCUGGGCUGAACUGCACCAAAUGGACAAACUGUGCAGCCAGAGAUGAUAUUAAAGCUGAAGACGGGAGUCCUGUAAAAGAUGUCACAUGUGUACAGAAGAACAGGAAAAGAUAUCUUCUUGUAGCUUUAUGUCCCCCUGUCAUAUGUGCAGUUGUUAUAGCAGCAUUAUACAGAAGGAUACACUCAGAAGUUCAGACAGUCAGUAAUGGUGAGUGGAUACAGAAUUGUUUUUUACUUUUAGCAAUUUUAUUGAAAGGCAAAAAAACUUUAUUUUAUAUUGCUGUGUUUUAAUGCUUAUUGCACUACAGUUCCUA